CUUUGGGAUUUCCUUCUAUGCUGAAGUCGCAAGUUAAAUCUCAAGUUAGAUUGAAAAAAGGAAACGAAAUACGCGAUUUUUGGGAGAAACUUCCGCAGCCGUUGGAUUUUAAUAUUUAUGUCUUCAAUGUAACAAAUCCGAAUGAUAUUGCAUCUGGAGCGAAACCGAUUGUCCAAGAACUAGGACCCUUUCACUAUGAUUUGUAUCGGGACAAGGAAGACAUCGUAGAUCGAGAGGAAGAUGAUACCGUUGAGUACAGUUUACGACAACUUUGGUAUUUCAAUCAGGAGAAGAGCAUUAUGUCGGAAAAUGUGGAAAUUUAUGCGUUUCAUCCUCUCAUGAUAGCGAUAACCUUGAUCAUUCAAAGAGACAGGCCAUCUACGAUGGGAAUAAUUAGCAAAGCGUUUGACAGUAUUUUCAAGAAACCUGAGUCAAUAUUUGUCAAAACCACUGUAAAAGAUUUGUUUUUUCACGGUGUACUAUUUGAUUGCACGGAUGUAACAGAUUUCGCUGGAUCCGCAGUGUGCACCGCUGUACAAGAAAAGGAAGAGAUAUUAAUCCAAGAGGAGGGUUUACGUUUCAGAUUUGGUUAUCUUGCUAAGACAAACGGGAGUCGUUUACCGGAACGCAUAAGAGUAUACCGUGGAAUUAAAAAUUACAAAGACACAGGUCGUGUGCUGACGAUAGGAAAUAGUACGAAGAUGAGCCUGUGGUUUGGCAGUCCUUGCAAUGAUUUUCGUGGCACAGAUGGAACCAUCUUCCCACCGUUUCUCAGCAAGGAAAAAAAAGUCUGGGUACACUCCUUAGACAUUUGUCGGAGUAUUGGCGCUUAUUACCUCGAACCAGGAAAAGUUCAAGGUUUCAAGACAUUACACUACACGGCAGACCUAGGUAAUCCGUCCGAGGACGAGGAUGUGAGGUGCCUUUGUCAAGAGUCCGAAGGGUGCAUGUCUAAGAACAUAUUCAACGCAGGUCCCUGCAAAAGCAUGCCUCUAAGGAUAAGUCUACCUCAUUUUUAUGAUUCUGACCCACGAUACCUCGAGAUGGUUGAGGGUGUAAAUCCUAUCCCUGAAAAGCACCGGAUGACUUUUAAUUUUGAUCCGUUGACAGGCACUCCAAUGAAAGCGUACAAAAAGAUUCAAUUCAACGUGCUAGUUGGACCCAUCCCUAAACUUCGAUUGAUGAAGUCCUUUCCGGAAGUGCUUUUUCCACUAUUUUGGGUAGAGGAUGGCCUCGAACUCGGGAAUAUUCUUAUAAAACCGCUGAAAGUUGCCUAUUUACAAAUUUUAAUUGCUAAGAUAGUGAUGUGGCUCAUGAUUCUCGGUGGUUUAAGCAUGUUUAUUGUCUCUAUGAUAAAGUAUUACAAAGAAACUAAUGCGGGUAACGUUGCGGUACCGCCGGUACCGAAUCUUGUGCCAGGCAAGGAGCAGAACAGGCCUCAGGAAAAGUUAACCAUUAGUACCAUACAAGGGAAACCGAGAAGACAACAGGGACGAACAAGUAGGAGUACGCCGACGCUGGUCUGGUGCAAGACAUUGGUGUCAUUAUCGCGCGGGCAGUUCGUUCGCGACAAGCCGCGCACGAUCAACAGCGACGGCGACGUCGACGAGAACGAGGACGACAAGGGUGGUGCGAAGAGUUCGGUCGAAAGACCGCACAGGAUGUACGAUGUUUUAAAACGUUCGAAGUUGCUGUACGCGUUUCCGUUCGGCAAAACGUUUGACAACGUACUCCGCGUCCUCGAAGAAUAUAAUAAGAGCGUUAAAAUGGUGUCUAUAAAGAAGCUCGGAAUUGGCGGUGGAGUUUCGUUUAUCUUCGGUAUUCUACUUUGGUGCGGAUUCCCAGCAUUGAUUAAAUCGCAAAUUAAAAAGGCGGUUCAAUUGAAACCAGGAACUGAGAUACGCGAUAUGUGGUCGGUUGUUCCGUUUCCACUGGAUUUUAAAGUUUAUAUGUUCAAUAUAACCAAUCCUGAUGAAAUUAAGGAGGGUAAAAAGCCGAGAGUGCAAGAAGUAGGGCCGUUCUUCUACGACGAAUACAAGGUGAAGUUUGACCUCGUCGAUCGAGAGGAUGAGGACUCCGUCGAGUACAGCAUGAAGACAACAUGGUUCUUCAACCCCAAGAAGAGCAACGGAUUGACGGGCGAAGAGAUAAUGGUAUUCCCUCAUCUCAUGAUUCUGGGCAUGGUGGGAGCCACCCUUCUGGACAAACCCGCCGCGAUCGGUGUCGUUGGCAAAGCUGUCGAUAGCAUCUUUCACAAACCGGACUCGAUAUUCGUGACAGCGAAGGCAAAGGAUAUACUUUUUGACGGACUGCCUGUCGAUUGUGAUGUGAAAGACUUUGCCGGAUCGGCGGUGUGCAAUAUAUUGAAGACGGAAGCGAAAGAUCUGAUACCGGACGGUGAAAAUCGCUACAAGUUCUCCCUCUUCGGCGGGAAAAACGGUACCGGCGUACAGGAACGUAUGAAAGUUCUGCGUGGUGUUAGAAAUUACAAAGAGGUCGGUCGUGUCUUGGAAUUCAAUGGUAAGCCCGCAUUAGAUAUCUGGCCAGAGGAUCAUUGCAACGCUUUCAACGGUACUGAUUCGACAAUUUUCGCACCUUUAUUCGGGCCGGAUGACGACGUCGUCUCAUUUGGCUAUGAGAUCUGUCGAAGUCUUAGUGCGCAUUUCGAGCGCCAUACCAAAGUCAAAGGCGUCAAGACUCUCCGUUACACUGCGAAUUUAGGAGAUAUGAGCACGAAUCCUAUGGAAAAGUGCUUCUGCCCGACACCGGAGACUUGUCUGACGAGAAAUUUCUACGAUAUGACGAAAUGUUUAGGCGUCCCUAUUAUUGGAUCUCUACCGCAUUUUUACGAUACUGAUGGAAAAUAUUUGAAGAUGGUGGAUGGCUUGCACCCGAAUCAGGAUGAGCAUGAAAUCGACAUGGAUUUCGAGCCGAUGACGGCUACGCCAAUAAGCGCGCAUAAGCGGUUGCAGUUCAAUAUGUUCAUACAACCGAUACCAAAGUUGAAAUUGAUGAAGAAUUUUCCAGAAGCGUUGCUGCCUCUCUUCUGGGUAGAGGAAGGGAUUCUUCUCGGCGACGAGUUCGUUAACAAAGUGAAGGUGGUAUUUAAAGUGAUGGCGGUCGUCAAUUUUCUGAAGUGGCUGCUAGUAUUUGGAGGGAUAGGCAUGGGCGGCGCGGCCGGAUUUUUCUACUACAAAAAUCGCGAUAGCGGCAAAUUAGAUAUUACAAAAGUUACUCCGAAGACCAGCGGGGACAACAAGAAUGAGAAGAGCUGGCCACCUGGAAUGAACAUCAGCACGAUACAAGCGGCGUCGGUACCGUCCAGCCUCGACAGAAAUUGA